GACGUCUGCUUUAUGUUAUUGAAACAUGGUCACCCUAUAUGUGUGCGUUGGUCGGCGUCGGGGUGUCGGGCGGGCGCGUAGUUUGCUUUGCUCGACUCGACUCAGUAUCGCCUUGUCGAGCACGAAGCACGCCUGUACACGACCGCUGAAAAAUAAUUAUAAAAUAAACAUGGCAAAAAGUGUAGCAUUCGCCUUCGCUGUUCUACUAGCGCUAUUCGAAACAGGUUAUUGCAUCAAGUGCUACCAAUGUAACAGUGAACAGGAUAAGAACUGCGGGGACCCGUUCAAGAGCGCCAAACCCCCAGUAGAAUGCAACACCCAGGAUUCGAUUAACUUCAACACGCUCUACCUGCGCAACAUUCUGCCUGUGGAAGUUUUGAACAGCGUUACGGGAGCUCCUAGAUACUGUCACAAGAUCGUCAUGAAGAGCGGAACUGUUGUCCGUACUUGCUUGGAUGUCAACCCCAACGAUUCCCAGCACACCUGCCGAGUUGUCGAGCUCGCCUCCAACACCGCGAUCGCUGACAGCGCGAAGGUCAAGUCCUGCGCUGUGUGCAACAAGGACAACUGUAACGGAGCUGGAUCUAUUUCCUUCUCUCUCCCACUGGCCACAUUCGCUCUGAUCGCUACGUAUUUCGUUUUCAAACAAUAAUUUCGAUUCUAUAUAUAUUUUUUACUUUUAGUUUAACGCACCAAAACAUAGGUAAUGAAUGUCGGUUUGGGCGUGCCAAACAGCGUUCUCUCAGCCCCUAAUCUAGUACUCACUGAGAAGAAUUCUAAAGAAUUUAUUGUGAAUCUCAGUUCAUUUUCAUACAUCUGUCCCCAUCUACACGAACGAAAAUGUUGUUCAUUAAAGAACUGAUUUUAAAAAAAACCUGGUAGAAUUCGCAGUAUUGUUUGAAACAGUAACGAAAAUUCCAUUUUAAUUUACGAAAUAAAAAAUGUUUCAUAAAUUUAUCCAAUAUACCAAAUAAACCUAAAAAAGUUGUUAACAGUUUUUUUUGUUUAUGUAAAAUACUUUUUAAAACAGUGUACUUGUACUAAAGUAAUUUUACGUGUUUACGUAUUGUUAUAUAAUAUAUACUUGUUGUAUUAAUGUAUCGGGCUUAUUCUUAGAUGACAGAGUGCCUAAGUAUUUCAUAUUAAAUUGUUAUAAAAGUUGUUGUUAGUACUUACUUCUUUUGUAGGUGCAUUGGAAGAUAUUAAGAGAAUCAUUAGAUACAAGAAUUCUGUCAACGUGCACAUUUAAUUUGUUAAAAAUAAUGAGAAUGGUUUAUUUACUUUUAAAGCAUUUAUUUGUGUAUUCAUAUUUAUGUGAACUCUUUGAGUUGUAAGUUUUAUUUGUAAUAAAAAAUAAUGAAAA